GUCCGACCAAUUUUCCACCAACUUAAAAAAAGUUACAGCUUUGUAUGCACAUWUUAUCRCUGAAGAUUUUUCCAAGUUACCUGUAAACAUCACGUUUGGUUGCUCCACAUGAGACCAGUUGAACUUUGACAUAUUUGGAAAUGCUCCAGGCUGCUUGAGGAGAAAGGCAGGCUGUCAUUGGCUCUGAUAUUACUCGAUUUAACUCCUUUAAGCGUAAAACCGUCCAGCUGAACACCAGCGACCUGCUAACGAUGAGCUCCAGGAAAGUGGUCGAGCUGUUCUAUGAUGUGGUCUCKCCGUACUCCUGGCUCGGCUUUGAGGUCAUGUGUCGCUACAGAAAUGUGUGGAACAUUGACCUGAAGCUGCGUCCUGCGUUCCUGGGAGGCAUCAUGCAGGAAUCAGGCAACAAGCCUCCUGGUCUGGUUCCGAACAAGUUUCUGUACAUGACCAAAGAUCUGGACCGCUUGGCGAAAUAUUUUGAUGUCCCUCUUCGGCCGCCGUCAGAUGUGUUUGAGGUCAUGUUUAAAAAAGGUUCCUUGUCUGCGAUGCGUCUUGUGACAGCCGUGCAGCAGCAGGAGAAAGGUGGAGACAAGCAGGUGGAGCAGGUUUCACGUGAGCUGUGGAGGCGGAUCUGGAGUGAAGACAAAGACAUCGCUGAGCCUGCAUCACUCGCUGAGGCUGCAAAGAGAGCAGGACUGUCUGACAGUCAGAUUCAGGAAGUCCUGAAGUUGUCCWCCUCACAGGAAGUUAAAGAGAAGCUUAAAAACACGACCCAGGAUGCAUUGAAAUACGGAGCAUUUGGCUUCCCUAUGCUGGUGUGUCACAUCGACGGGCAGCCAGAGAUGUUCUUUGGAUCGGACAGAUUCGAGCUCAUGGCCCACUGCCUCGGGGAGAAGUGGUCCGGACCCAGACCGGAUUCUUCAGCUGCCAAACUGUGAGAUGAGAACCGUCCGCAGGUCUUCUUCUUCUCACACACUGAAAUGUUCAAAAAAUAUUUUUUUAUUUUUGAAAACAUUUCAACCUUCAUAAAUCCUCAGCUGUGSCUUUUGAAAUCAAGCAGUUGGAUUUCAGUAAACAUAAAUAACAACCAGGUGAAGCAGGUGGUUAGAUCAAUAGAGCACUUAUCUGCUUUGGAAAAUAAUAAGUAUUAAAAUCACAACUAUUCUUCAAAUGAGAUAUUUUCUGGAAGUUUAAUGUACAAAACAAUGGUUAUGUAGUUUAAUGUGUAACAUGAAUUUAAUCCAACUGAUUGUGAAUCAAAUGUUUGUGCAGAUUUUACUGAAUUUGAGAUAAUUUCAUAUUUUUAGAUUUAUGKUUUUUAUGUAUUUGUUGAAGUUGUUAGUUUUAAAUCCAGAAAACAAACAUUUCUGGACUCAACAGUAGAAUUAUGAGGCUUUGUUGYGUGACAGCUAAAAACUGCUUCUUGUGAUUCUAAUAAAAACAAUGAUUUAUGAAUAAAUAGCUUCAGAUGCUCCUAUUAUUACCAUU